AUGAGACUCACCGCCCUCGACCAGCACCGUGGGUACGCCCAGGACCACUUCCAAGAGGUCAAGCAGCACCGCGAUACCGAGUAUCUCUCGCACACGCAGGCCGCCGGCUACCAGGUCAUCCGUGAGCCCCUGUGGAAUAAGGGCCUGUCCUUCAGCCCCGACGAACGUAUCUCCAAGAACCUCACUGGUCUGUUGCCGCACGCCAUGGAGAGCCUCACCACGCAAUGCGCACGGGCGAUGAAGAUGAUCGAGACGCGCCAGACCAACAUUGACAAGUAUCUCUACCUGUCAUCGGUCAAGGCCCAAAACACCGAUCUCUUCUAUCGUCUGCUCAUGGACAACAUUCGCGACCUCAUGCCCCUGGUCUAUACCCCGACGAUUGGCGACGUCUGCCUGCAAUACUCGACCUUGUAUACACGCCCCGAGGCCCUGUAUAUUUCCAUCAAGCAGCGAAAGUCGAUCCGCACGAUGCUCCGGAAUUGGCCUUGCCCCAACCCCGAGAUCUGCGUAGUCACGGAUGGUUCCCGUAUCCUGGGUCUGGGAGACUUGGGCGUCAACGGCGUCGGUAUCUCGAUUGGCAAGCUGGCCCUGUAUACCGCCGCUGCUGGUAUCCAUCCGGAGAAGACGCUGCCCAUCGUUCUGGACUGCGGCACGGACAACGAGACGAAUCUGCAAGACCCUCUGUAUCUCGGUCUCCGCCAGAAGCGAGUCUCCAAGGCUGAGCAGCAGGCCUUCAUGGAUGAGUUCAUGGAGGCAGUCAAGGAGGUCUACCCCGAAAUGGUUGUCCAGUUCGAGGACUUUGAGAGCGAGAAGGCCUUCAACUACCUGGAUCGUUACAGGAACACCCACAAGUGCUUCAAUGACGAUAUCCAAGGUACUGGCGCUGUCGUCCUCGGCGGGUACAUUGGGGCUGUGAACCUGUCUGGUGUUCCCCUUGAGGAGCAGCGCCUGGUCUUCAUGGGUGCCGGCUCCGCUGGAGUUGGCGUGGCCAAGCAGCUCGUUGAAUACUACACUCGUAGGGGUCUCUCAGAAGCUGAGGCUCGCGACAAGUUCUGGCUUGUCGACACCAAGGGCCUUGUCACCAAGGACCGUGGUGACAAGCUUGCUGAACACAAGAAGUACUUUGCUCGCCAUGACAACAACGGCCACCAGUUCCGCACCCUGGAAGAGGUCAUCGAGUACGUCAAGCCCAGCGCUCUGGUUGGCUUGACCGCCACGUUUGGCGUCUUCACCGAAUCAGUGGUGCGCGCUCUGAAGGCUUCCGUCGACGCCGGCGGCAUGGGUCGCCGUCCUAUCCUGUUCCCGCUCAGCAAUCCCUUGACCAAGGCCGAGUGCACGUUUGAGCAGGCCGUGCAAUGGACCGAUGGUUCUGUCAUCUUCGCCUCGGGCUCCCCCUUCCAGUCCUUCAGCAUGAAGGUCAGCGGAGAGGCUGGAUCGGUCACCUAUCACCCUAACCAAGGCAACAACGUCUAUGUGUUCCCUGGUCUGGGUCUCGGUGCCAUCCUUGCCAAGGCCUCGCGGGUCACCGACGACAUGGUCUACACAUCCGCCGAGGCCCUUUCGGGCACCCUCAACGCGGAUGAGAUCCACAAGGGUCUCAUCUACCCGAGAAUCGAGCGUGUGCGUGAGGCCAGCGUGGUCGUGGCGCGCGAGGUGAUGAAGGCAGCUCGUCGCGAUGGCGUCUCGGAGCUGCCUGAUUCCCUGUGGGCAGAGUGGGAGGAGUGGGGUGACGUCGCGCUUACGACGUUUAUCAAGCAGCGCAUCUAUGACCCUGCUUGCUUCUCCGACCCUGGGCGUCACCUGUGCGUCACGUGCUCGCAGGAGCACAAGGGCCCUUCGAUGCUGAGAAAGGAGAAGGAGUCUCAUCUGUGA